ACGUCAAUUCAACCGGACCUUCGUAUUCCAGAGAUUCCGGCGACGCAAAGCUUGAAGUUACUGACUUUAUCGCCAAUCACCGAUUCCAGACCGAAGCGAGAUGAACAGAGGAACCGAAGAGUACAUGGGUUUCGACUAUCUUCCAGAAAGAGAUCAUCUUUCGAUUUGGGUUUCACCGGUUUAGUGUUCCCGAAAGAGUACGUGAAUCAUUACGGUUCAUCGAGUUCGUCUUCUCUGCUCGCGAAUUGGCUACAGUCUUCAAACGGCAUGCGACUCAUUAAAAGGAUUCACGCGAUGGCGUUUAAGUGUUUAGACGAUCACUUCGGUAAUAAUUUGACUAGUUGUGUGAGAAUUGGUGAUUUGGUUUAUGCACGUAAAGUGUUCGACAGUGUGCCUGAGAGAAACACGGUUUUGAAGAUGAGGCUUUCUCUCUGUUUGAAGCAUGGGAUCCGUUUCACUAACGAGAGGAUUGUUUGUUUGUUGAAUUUGUGCAGGAGGAGAUAUCAGUUUGAGUUAGGGAGACAGGUACAUGGUAGUAUGGUGAAAGUUAGAGUUGAGAAUCUCAUUGUUGUUACUUAUUACGCGCAAUGUAGUGAGUUGACUUGAAGUGCGUUACGAGCUUUUGAUAUGAUGGAGGAGAAAUAUGUGAUAUCUUGGACAGCUGUUAUAUCUGCUUGUUCGAGAAGGCAUGGUAAUAAAGCUAUGGUUAUGUUUAUCGAAAUGUUGGAUCAUGGGUUCUUGCCUAAUGAGUUUACGGAGGGUAGUAUCUUGAAGGCUUUGAGUGAAGAGAAAGCGUUAAGAUCUGGGAGGCAUGUACACAGCUUGGUGGUUAAGAAGAUGAUUAAGAAGGAUGUUUUCGUAGGAACUUCGUUGAUGGACAUGUAUGCUAAGUGUGGGGAGAUAUCAGAUUGCAGAAAAGUGUUUGAUGGAGUGAGCAAUAGAAACACGCUCGAGAAGGUUUUUGGUGAGGACGCUAUUGCUAAUUCAGAAGCUCUUCUCAUCGGGAGAUCGAUCCAUUCCAUUGGAGAGAAGAAUGUCAAAUGUCUUUGUGGGAAGUGCUUUGAUUCAUAUGUAUGCAAAAUGUGGAUUUGUCUCUGAAGCUUUUCGAGUAUUUGACAGUAUGCCUUAGAAGAACUUGGUUUCAUGGAAGGCCAUGAUAAUAUGGGUUAGGCAAGGAAUGGGUUUUGCAGGG